AUGCUGAAACGUAAAUUCAACCAGUUCAGGUCAUUCCCAGAAGAAGUCCGAGAACAGCUGCUGUCUCUAAUUUCCACGGUUUUCCCGGACAAUCAACGUCCACCGGAACAAAUCCUCGACGUGAUUACCGAGUGCGUCAGAAAAACUGAUCUGCUGACGAUUUUCCGUUACGGUGAAGGGCGAUCAGAGGAUGUCGAUCAUGCCAUACUGACAGCGGUGUUGAAGCGGCAGAAUCUCAGCCCGCCUGAACAGUUAUCACUAACACUAUCGUGGAACCGAGUUGAUGUCGCUCGAUCGUGCCUUUUUUCUGGAGGACGUCAUUGGCCAAUUCAUGCCCUUCAUUCUGCCAUGCAUGACGCACUUCGUCUAAAUCGGGUGGAUUUUGUAGAGUGCCUAUUGGAGAAUGGAGUAUCUAUGAAAAAUUUCCUUACUAUAGCUACACUGGAGCAACUUUACAACCUCGACGACGAUGACGAGCACAGUGUACGAUUUCUUGUCGAACAUACCUCACCCACUACCUACCUCACUUUGCCUGACAUAGGAAUGAUUAUCGAAAAACUAAUGGGUAACGCUUACAAGCACUAUUACACCUCCAGAGUUUUCAAGAAUAACUACGAAAAAUUCCGGAAAAAAGCGCAGCUCUCCCGUCUGAGCAGUCUUCAUAUCCGAUUGGUCGCAAAAACAUCACCGAAACGACGGAAAAGUGCGGACUGGGUAAAUCCAAAUGAUGAUACUCCUCCGGACUUUGCUUAUCCCUUCAACGAUCUCAUUCUGUGGGCUGUGCUCACCCGACGGCCUGAAAUGGCCAGAUGUAUGUGGCUUCAUGGAGAAGAUGCUAUGGCUAAAAGUCUCGUUGCAGCCAGGUAA